AAUCGCUUUUCCAUCACGUCUACAUCCUGUAACAACAACCUUUAACUACAGUUUAUAACCAUGGCAUCCGAACAAGAGGCGCGAAGCUUAAACGGCGAGAUUAAACUGGGAAAGCACAUCGGCAAUAGCACGAAGAGCUUGUUGCAUGAGCUCCUCAGGUUCACGAACGGCAGAGUCUUCACGAAAGCCAUCGCAGCGGAAAGACCGCGUUCAGUGGUAUUCAGAAUACUAGGUUCCGACAGAAUCCUUAUCGAAUACAAUGAUGACGGCCUUACCAAGGCAGAUCUGGAGGCAAUUCGCUGGCCAGCCAGCGAAGAACAAUUGAAGGCAUCCAAUUUCAAAGAAAUUUUCAUAGCCUGUAAGAAGGUUCAUAUUCAGUCCGGAAAUUUCUCAUUUGAGUUUCAGCACAACAUACUUGACCUAACCGACAGCACGAUAAGUCCUGUUUGGGUCUCUUCAGCUGAAAUUGCCCCCAUCAACUUGACUCGCAUUACACUUCACCUUCAUGACCAAGGAAGCAAAGAAGAUGUUGAGAAUCUGAGAAAAAUCAUUCAUCAUCAAUUCGAGGAGCUGCACGAUGCAACUCUUCUCUUUCUCAAAGAGCUUGAAUUCAUGAGGAUUGAAUUCUGCGACAUGAAUGACAAAAUCCAUCGUUCCAAGAGCUGGAAGAAGGAAAAUGUUGAUGAGUAUCGAGUCCUCGUAACUGUGACCAGUAUUGGACAAGGCAAAGUGAGCACCGACAGCCAGCUUUAUCAUCUUACAGAACAGCCCCUGGACCAUCUGGCAACGAGUAUCAUACUGGCCUUUCCCCUCACAGACGACUUCAAGCCUCGAGCUGAUGAUACUAUCGUAAGGAAAUUAUUCAACUUUGUGCCACUGCGAACAUGGUCAUACGGGUUCCACGUUCACUCUGACUUCAGUAUUCAAGAUGAGCGGCAUGAUAUGGCUACAGCAUCAUUAGCCCAGAUGUUCCGCCUCUCCGAUCAAUUUGCGACAGCAUUCUGUCAAGCCAUUCUACAGUUCCUCGAGCAUCCAACGCUUUGCUAUCACUGGUCACUGUUCCUUGCGCCAAGAGGGAUCCUCCCAGACCCAUUUGGAGUUACUCUAGAUACCUCUGUUCGACUAUGUAAGGCGCAAAAUCCUAUCCUCGGAUCCAGGAAACCAAAACACUGGCGCCUUAUCAGUCACCUAGCCUUCCUUGGCUCGGAUUUUGAAGACAGCGAUAAGAAACCACUGUUGGAAGAUCCGAUGAAUGAUGCAUUUCUUUCACCCGAAUACCCUCCGACUGUCGCACUUGAGCUGAAGAAAUAUGGUCUCGCGGCUUUGACCAGUACUCAAUUUCUCCAUCUUUUGGAAAUGGAUCUGAGGAGCCCUAAUUCAAAGAUGCACACGGAAACCUCGAAAGAUUGGCAAAAUGCUGUAGCUCGUCUUCUCUCAAAGACUUUCACCCAUGAUGGAUAUUCCCGGAUGAAAUCACUUCCUCUCAUUCAGCUCACAGAUGGCAGUUGGACAUCAAUAACGUCAGGACCAGUGUAUUUUUCUACUGCUGGGAACGUUUGUAUACCUGAAGCUUUGGAUCUUCGAGUGGCUUCUCACUUGGCAAGCCGAGAACCCGAACAGAGAUCUUUAUAUCAGCAACUCGGAGUUUUUCAGGCGACUGUGAUUCAAGUCAGACAGAUGAUUUUGGACUGUUUCAAAUCUUCUAGUACCCUAUCCCUUGAAGACGUUCAAAGUUAUCUUCAUUAUCUAUACCUCACUCAUCAAUCCUUUGAUCCCGACAGUGAGCAUCCUUAUCAAGAAGUGCGGGUUUUCACAAUGGACAUGAAACUCCAGUGUCCCCAGAACACCGUUAUCUACUUAUCUGGAACGGGUGAUCCGUAUAGCCUUGAGAGCUUCCUCGACCCCGCCUUGUUGGUGGCUAACCUUCAAAACAACUUCUUGCACCCGGAAAUAUCGAACAAUGGACCGAAACAACCCAGUCUUUUCCAUCCAUCUUGGAAAUCAUGGCUGUGCAAAUGCGUUGGCAUACGGGAACGAUUAAGUCUAUCAGGUCCAAAAUCAGUUGCCAAGUCGAAGUCCACAAAAGAUGAUUCCUCAGCAGCUGACGAGAAUGGACUUUUGUCCACUUCUCUUGAGUUUGUAUCCAAGCAUCGUCCAGACAAGUUCUUAGGCGUCCUUGAGCACCUUUGGGCGUUGGAGGGACCUGCAAUACUGAAGAGUCCAGCCCUUGUGUUAAAGAUCAAAAGCUUUCCUUCACCGACCCUGUGCAACGUGGAGUCCUCACAGGAGCUACAAGAGACAUGGGUUCCAUCAAAACAUCUCAGAAGCUGCGUGAGCAAUUUCAUGGAGCAUCCUAAUGAGUUCCCAUUGCUCAAGCUUGACGAGGAGAGAGAUGUUGACCUAGCCCUCACAUCGAAGUGGGGUUUUCUGACAAAGCAUUUUGGUGUGAAGUGGAAAUAUGAUAUGAGCUUUCUACUGGAGAUUUUGAAGUCUAUUAGGCGUCAUUCAGGCACCAUCCUAUCAUCUUCGCAGAUAGAGAAAGUCCUUGCAUUGUACGCUGCUAUAGGUGCAAGGUUCCGUCUAUCCACAACCGAUGAGAAGGAGCAAGCAUUGGACUUCUUCAAUGAUUCUGCUAUACUAUACAUCGAUGAUCAAGGACCAGCCUGGACGGGGUCUUCAAGUUGUCUUUGGGCGGCACCUCCUGACAUGGUCUCCGCGGACUCCCUCAAGGUCUUUUAUGAGAAGAUGAGUUACGACGAACAGCAAUUAACGGUUCUCACCGAUCUAUUUCAUAACGAGCUCAACAUUCAAAAUGCUACAGCUGAAGACUUGGUACAAGAGCUAUCUAUACUACGAGAUGAAGGCUGCGAAGAUGUUACCCGCGUCGCAGGUAUCUACAAGUAUCUAAACCAGAUGACUGAAUCUUCUGACAUAAUACGAAGAAUCAAACGUGGUUUUGAAGACUGUGAGCUCAUAUUAGUGAAGCAAAACGAUUUUACGGAAUGGUUCAGCGCUUCAGACUGCUUUUGGUCCGAGGCUAAUACGACUGAGCUGAGUAGCAGCCUGAAACAGUGCUAUCCUGACCUUAAAGACUUCUUUCUUGACAAGGUGGGUAUCAAGAUAUCAGCCUACGAUGAAUUGCUGAACACGACUUCAAACGAGCCACAUGCUAUCAAGAUGGCUGUCUUUUCUUUUAUGCAUGAGGUUGGCGAACUGAUUCCGAGGUUCCCUGCCAAGCCAAUCCAAACGGCAAAGAUCUUCCCUGUCAGGUAUCCUGACGGGACUGUUUCACUUUGUUCUGUUGAAACAGAGUUUGCCAUUGCCGAUCGGGAAAAUCUUAGAAGGGAACUGGAAGAAAAGGUUAAGAUAUUAGACUUCAAUCUAAAAGAGUCACGCUGUCUCUGGCCUUUUUUCGAAUGGCUCGAGAUUGAAGACCGAUAUCUCUCAAGGUGUGUGAAAGAGUUGGUCACCAUAUCUCCAAACGACUCUUCACUGCUACACGGCUCGAAAAUAUGUGAUUUGAGACGUAAAUCAUAUCAUAUUACUCGAGUUGCCUCGACCUUUGGCACUUAUGGACCGUGUGGAGACGCGGCUAUGCUAUUCCAACGUCUGAAGACACUACGUGUUGUCGAAUUUUCUAGCAUGUCUUCCACAUUGGAAAUGACUCAAGAUGAAGAAAUAGUCCGCUCUACGCCAAAGCCUACCAUCGCUCAUGUAUCUGAUUACAACAUUAAUUUCACGAUCUACGUGCCUAAAGACAAGAAGGCACAACAACUAUGCUUAUUCUCAGUUUUGCCAAGAAUUCUUGAGAAAUGGCUCAGGCAAGACGUUUAUACCCGGCAUACAUCCGAAGUGGUUAGUGCCCUCACUUCAAUCAUUGCCAGCGACGUUUCCGUUCUGGAUGAGAUACUUGAGGAUCAAGGUAUCAUAGAACUGCCUUUCGAAAGACACGAUCUCGACGACACCCAAAUAUCUUCCAUAGGCAAGUCUACACGAAAGAUAGUUGUGAAACUUCCCGGAGAGGACGAAAGAAAAACACUUGUUCUUCGGGAGCGUGAGUCUGCUUCUGAAGUCGCAAAUAGGGAUGCGAGCGUGUAGCUUGGUGACCUGGGUCUAUGGUAACCUUGAGAAGUGUUAUAGCAUUUGAAGAAACAUGAAUAGAAGUCCAUGCCGAAUACUUUGAGUCUAUCGUGCAGCUAUUAAAACAACUUAGAGAUAUCAUUCACUACAGUGCC